AUGGAGUGGCUCCCCGCCUGGGACCACCUCCCCGCGGAGCUGCUCUUGCACAUAGCGCGCGUAUUGGGCGGCACUGGCGGGCUGGCCCCGGCAAAGACGCUGCUGCGGCUGGUGUGCGGGUCGUGGCGCGCCGCCCUGCCGAUCGGGCACUGUGUGCCCGCCAAGCUGUGGGCAUGGCAGUCCCCUGCCAUGGAUGUGGCGCUGGCGCCGCACGCGCGCGCCAUCGAGCUGGCGCUGUGCCCCCGCCUGCGCUCCCUGGUGCUGCGCCACAUCCACGCCACCGCGCUGCCGGCGCUGGGGGGGCUCGCCGCGCUGCAAGAGCUUGACGCCACGGUGUUCUUCCCCGAAGCGAGCCCCACCUGGCUGGACUGGCUUCCAGGGCUGCGCCUGCUACGGCAGCUGCGCCUGGCGGCGGCGCAGAUGCGGCUGCAGCCAGACGAGGGCCUCACCGCCCUGCUGCCUCUGGCCGGCCGCCUGCUGGCCCUGCGCCUCGACGGCUGCCUGCUGCUGACGGAUGCGGGGGCGGGGGUGUUGGCGCAGCUCACGGCGCUCAAGCGCCUCGAGGUGACCAGCUGCCAGGUGGGGCAGGCGGCUGUGGAUGGGCUGGCGGCAGCCCUGCCCCGCCUGGCACACCUCGAGCUGCGCCUGCUGGAUGGGGUGGCGGUGGAUCGGCUCAUGCGCUGGACCCUCAUCGGCGCCGGCGGCGGCCUGGCUGCCCACGUAUCCCGCGUCAAGGCCGGCAGCCUGCUGGCGGGGGCGGGGGCGCUGAUGGCGGGCUCCUCGCGCCUGGUGCUGCGCCACAUCGACGGCGGCUUCCUGCUCACCGCCCCGCCCACCUUCCACCAGCUGCGCCAGCUGGAGUCGCUGAGCCUGCCCCGCAUCCAGCUGCCGGCAGACGCGGUGCAGCAGCUGGCGGCCUGCACACUGCUGCAGGAGCUGGACUGCGAGCUCAACUACACGGUCAGGGACGAGGCGCUGGUGUGCUGGCGCUCGCUGGUGCGCAUGCGCCGCCUCCGCCUCGCCGGCAACUUCUAUCUCAGCGAGGGCACGCUGGCGGCGGCGCUGGAGCUUGCCAGCUGCCACCUGAACGACGCCCAGGCGCUGACCGCGGCGCUCUGCUCGGCCUUCAGCCUGGAGCAUCUCAGGGUGCAGUCAUGCGGCAUUCAGAGCGAGGUGUGCGAGGCGGCGGUGGCGGCGCUGGCGCGGCUGCCGGCGCUGAGGGAGGUGCAGCUGGGCCUGCGGCGGGCGCUGCCGCGGGCCACAGGCAAGCGGCCUCCCUCUCACCAUGACUCAAAUGCCGCAGUGCGGAUGCUCGCAGUCGGCAAUACAGAUCCAAGCCCUCACCUGAUCAUGUCAGCCGAGGCCAUUGCCGGCGGGUGCGCCGGCUGCACCCAGCUCACCGCGCUGGACGUCUUCUUCUCUGGCUACUGCCGGGAUGCGGCGGUGGUGCCAGCCUGGCGCCAGCUCAGCGCCCUGACCGGCCUGCGCCGCCUGCAUGCCAGCACCGGGCUGGGCUGGGACGCAGAGGCGUUUGCUGCGGUGGCGGGGGCCGCCACCGCCCUGCGCGCCGUCACCGUCACGGACAAUGCCGGGACGGUGGACGACGGCUGGGCUGCCUCGCUGGCGCCCCUCCGCCAGCUCAGCCAGCUGCAGCUCAACUCGUGCGCGAGGCUGGGACCGGGCGCCGCCGCCUGGCUGUGCCACCUCACCGCGCUCACCGGCCUGGAGGCCUUCAGGUGCCCCGGCCUGGGUGGCGCGGAGACCGUGCAGCAGCUGCGGGGCUGCUUGCCCUGCCUGGCGGCCCUCAGCAUGCACGAGUGA